GGCGGCGGGCAGCGCGGCGGACCCAGUACUAUGGCUGUGUACUGCUAUGCGCUCAAUAGCCUGGUGAUCAUGAAUAGCGCCAAGGAGGGCAAGAGCGGCGGCGGCGGCCCCCGGGCCAGCGGCAGUCAGACGCCCCCGUCCUCGGGGAGGGCCACGCUGAGCCCCGGCAGCGUUUUCAGCCCCGGGAGAGGCACCUCUUUCCUCUUUCCCCCAGCCGAGUCGCUGUCGCCCGAGGAGCCCCGGAGCCCCGGGGGCUGGCGGAGCGGCCGGCGCAGGCUGAACAGUAGCAGCGGCAGCAGCAGCAGCGUGAGCAGCCCGAGUUGGGCGGGCCGCCCUGGAGCUGACGGGCAGCAGGUGGUGGCCGCCGGCACUCUCUCGCCGCCGGAGCCCGAGGAGGCCAAGAGGAAGCUGCGGAUCCUGCAGCGCGAGCUGCAGAACGUGCAGGUGAACCAGAAAGUGGGCAUGUUCGAGGCGCACAUCCAGGCGCAGAGCUCCGCCCUUCCAGCGCCCCGCAGCCCACGGCCGGGCAGGGCUCGCUCGCCCUCCCCCUGCCCCUUGCGAAGCAGCAGCCAGCCCCCAACAAGGGUCCUGGUUCAGUCCGCCCCGGGCGAGGAGCGCAGGACAAAGUCUUGGGGGGAGCAAUGCCCAGAGACUUCCGAGGCCCACUCGCCGAGGAGAGGGGUGCCCAGCCGUUGCCCCUCGAAGGACACGGAAGGAGUGGCACCACUCCCUGGCCUGGACACCCCAGCAGGAGCAGUGGCCCUGCACCCAGCCACUUCGGUGAGAACGGAGAAGGGAGUCCCUGCCAGUCCCCCCGGUGGCUCACCCACAGCUACGGACAUUGACAAGACGGGCUCUUCUUCGGGAACUCCGAGCUGCCAAGCUCCCUCCUUGGGGCUGGGCAGAGUGAGCUUCGUGGUGGCCACAGACCCGGCAACAGCCGCAUCCACCUGGCCGCCACGUCCCCACGCCCCCGCCCUCGCUGAGCCAUCUGAGAGGGCCUGCGAGCCUGGGGGAGCAGUCUCCCGGGAGACCCUGGCCUCUGAGAUGCGGGGACAGUUUUUGGACAGCGACGGCACAGGCCCAGCCCCGGAGAGGGCCAGGGCUUGCAGCAGAGAACCCACUGGGAAUGUGGGGAUGGGAACUCUGCCCUGUGGCCUCCCAGGCUCCAGGGUGCCUGAAGCCGGCAAAAGGCCAGAGGAGACGACUGUGAAUGCGCAAAGCUCAGAGGCCCAGGGCUGGGCCAGGCCGCCUGGAGUCCUGGGCUCUGGAGGCCCCGGGGAGGCCCCAGGUGGGGUCCCAGUGAUCCGGGGGCCACGGCAGCGCACUGACCGAGUGGAAGAAGGGUCUGCACUGCUGGGCUUACUUGGGGGCCGCUGCCCGGCGCAGCCAGUGGCCCAGGAGAUGGAGGCGGGAAUUCCUUCUGGCAGAAUGCUGGAGCCUUUGCCCUCUUGGGAAGCAGCGACAGAUCUGAAUGACCCUCAGUGCCUUGCUGGGGACAGGGUGAAUGUGCAGCCUGGGCACAACAGGGCUUGGCUGGGCACCGUGGGGGAGGCCGGGCUGGCCUGGACGUGCAGCACACGGGCACCAUUGCAGGGGACAAUGAGGUGGGAAGGCCUGGCGCAGGACAGAGACGCACAGCCUGGGCCAGAGCUGCUGUCCCCAGAGGGGAAGGACAGACCUCUGGCGAGAGAGACCCGCGGCCCCAGCAGCAUUCCCGCGGUCAUCAUUACGGACGUGGGUGCCCAGGAGGACGGAGGCUUGGAGGAAGCCCAGGGAAGCCCCCGGGGCCACCUGCCAAUGAGGAAACUCUCGUCUUCCUCGGCCUCCUCCACGGGCUUCUCCUCUUCCUAUGACGACUCAGAGGAGGACAUCUCCAGUGACCCCGAGCGCACCCUGGAUCCCAACGCCGCCUUCCUGCAUACCCUGGACCAGCAGAAACCCCGAGUGAGCAAAUCAUGGAGGAAAAUCAAAAACAUGGUGCACUGGUCUCCCUUUGUCAUGUCCUUCAAGAAGAAGUACCCCUGGAUCCAGCUGGCGGGACACGCAGGAAGCUUCAAGGCGGCCGCCAAUGGCAGGAUCCUGAAGAAGCACUGUGAGUCGGAGCAGCGCUGCCUGGACCGGCUGAUGGCCGACGUGCUGCGGCCCUUUGUGCCUGCCUACCAUGGGGACGUGGUCAAGGACGGGGAGCGCUACAACCAGAUGGACGACCUGCUGGCCGACUUCGACUCCCCGUGUGUGAUGGACUGCAAGAUGGGCAUCAGGACCUACCUAGAGGAGGAGCUGACCAAAGCCCGGAAGAAGCCCAGCCUGCGGAAGGACAUGUACCAGAAGAUGAUCGAGGUGGACCCCGAGGCCCCGACCGAGGAGGAGAAGGCCCAGCGCGCCGUGACCAAGCCGCGGUACAUGCAGUGGAGGGAGACCAUCAGCUCCACGGCCACCCUCGGCUUCAGGAUCGAGGGCAUCAAGAAAGAAGACGGCUCUGUGAACCGGGACUUCAAGAAGACCAAAACGAGGGAGCAGGUCACCGAGGCCUUCAGAGAGUUCACUAAAGGAAACCAGAACAUCCUGAUUGCCUACCGGGACCGACUGAAGGCCAUUCGAGCCACCUUGGAAGUUUCUCCCUUCUUCAAGUGCCAUGAGGUCAUCGGCAGCUCCCUGCUCUUCAUCCACGACAAGAAGGAGCAGGCCAAGGUGUGGAUGAUCGACUUCGGGAAGACCACGCCCCUGCCGGAGGGUCAGACCCUGCAGCACGACGUGCCCUGGCAGGAGGGGAACCGGGAGGACGGCUACCUGUCGGGGCUCAACAACCUCAUCGACAUCCUCACCGAAAUGUCCCAGGGUGCCCCACUGCCCUGAGCCCGCCCGCGCGCCCUGGCCUCCGCCUCUGCCUCGCACUCUGCUUGCCUGCUCCGUGCUAACUCUUCUUCCAUGCCGCCUGGGCACGAGCCCCGGGACUGACCCUCCUGAGCUGCACUACAAGACACUUUGGAGACAGGAGAGGAAGAGAGAGGCUUGGGUAGCACAGCCGUGUUGAUAAGAGAAGUACCCAGGCUCGACUCCCUCUAGAGCUUGGAGCUCGGGCAGGGGCAUGGAUGGUCGCGGGAUCCCUGGCAGCUGGUGGGACCCUGAGCGAUGCGCUGGAUCUUGGGAGGGAGACUCCUGCAGAGGAGGGCUGCCUGUGGGGUACUGCUGCCCCCUGCUGGCCAGUGCUGUUAGUGCCGCUGUCAAGUUGGCGGGAGCCUCCCUUCCAGAGCUCAGCAUCAAGACUGCUUUCCUGGGGCCUGGCCGUGGUUCUGGGCUUCCUGGCAACCCAGGCACAAAACCACUAGGGAAAUGCAUGUUGACUGAGCAGAAUCCCCUCUGAUGAGCAGCACAGGGACUCCAGAGAUGCCUGCUGAAGCGUGAGCCCCCAUCUACCUGGUAUUGAAACCCUCUGGCUUUGGGCCAGACCCAGAGGCCAGGAGAAGGCUGAAGCCAGCCUGGCAGAGGGGUGGGGCAGGGGCUGGGCUCUUCCACCUGGAGCCUGCAGACCUUGUGCCACUGCCUACCUGCCCUGCUGGAGGCUGGGUGGCAGAAGGUCAGCGAGUAGACAGCACCCAGGCCCUGCCCCCUGAAGACCAUUCUUCUUAGGUCCCUGCCUCCCUGGUGCCCGUUGGGCAGCCUCUCCUGCACACACGGGGUCCUGUCUUGGAGCCCAGAACUCCUGGUGGUGGCGGCCAGCAUUAGGCAGGAAGUAGACUGUGGCUUUCCAGCAUCCUUGUCUCAUUUCCUCUGAAGUGAGCCUCACAGCCUAAAGGGGCUGCGGCCCCCCUUCCCCAGGGUGGUGCAGGCAGCCUGAGGCCUUAUUUGAACUGCAGAGUGAGUAAGUCUACACUGUGGAGAAGAACACAAAGCGUGCAGGACUUUCUCAGAACAAAGCUGCAGGCAGAGGCCAGCUGGAACUGGACCCCUAGGCCCCCCUGGGCGUCCCCCAGGCCCCUCGGGGUUCCGCCCGCCGCACACACCUUUGCUACCAGAGGCGCUCUGCUGAACAUCAAGUCCAUAGGGGCUGGCCAGGAACCGAGAUGUGUGCCCUGGAGGAGCCAAUGCCACCCUGCCUUGGUGACACACAUGUUUUCCCUUCACAUGCUGGGUAGAUGAGUGACAGUUGGUGGGGGCGGAGGGUGGAACCCAUGAGGAUGUGUAAGUACAGAUUUAAAAAAAAGGAAAUCACUUAAACUUCCUGGCUCCUGUUCAGAACAGCAGUGAGCUCCCAUGUGGGCCAACUUGCUAAAGCCCACACUCUGGCCAGCUGAGCGUGAGAGGCCUCAUGGUAGCACGUGCUGGGGACAGCAGGUGGACGGGGCUCCAGCGCUGUGGUCACUUACCCAUUAGGGAAGGGACAUGGGGAUUCUGCAGCCGAAUCCACAGGUUGGCCCAAAGUCAGCCUCCUCCUGUCUGUGCAAAGUGUGCUGAAGUGAACUGAUUGUCUAAUUAUCACCGUUGAGUUGAUGAUAAGGACAGAAGUCACAGGGGACCAGCUUCACCUCUUUGUGAGAACAAAACUUCCCAGGCACUUGAGGCAGGCCCCAGCUGGCGGCAAGCAAAGUGCUGAUGUGUAGAUGAGCAUUUGUUCAAGGCGGUGCACAGAGCCUCUUGCUGGCAGUGCCCUGCUUUGGACGUCGUUACCUGUGUGAGGACCGUGGGAAGGGGCAUCAUCUUUCUAGGGCUGCUCUGUGCUUGGGGUGUUGUGUAAUUCCUGUGCCAGUUCUUUCCUACACCUCUGCCCCCCGGGCUAUCUUGCCCCACUGACAGUGGGCACCGUGAUUGAUCCUAGAGAAUUUCCCAGAUGCGCUGUUCAGUGGUCUGGAAGACCGUGCCCACCCAGCUCUGGGGUCCCCAGCAGCUCCUUGGGUCCUGUCUGUGCAGGUGCCAGGAGGUGGGCCUGUCUAUGCACACGCGUGUGCAGGUGCAUGGGAGCUGCAGCCCCUGCAGGUCCCUGGCCUUAAGCACUGCUCAGCAUUCAUGGAAGGUCUCCUCACCUGCUUUUCCCAGACUGGCCCGUUAGUGUCAUGUAAGACGUUUUUAAGUUAUAUUUAUUUUAUUGGUUUUUUUUAAAGUUGCACAAAACACUAAGACUGAAAGGCUGGACUCUUUCUCCUUGAAAAGCUUUGCCUUCUCUCUGAACUUCCUUCCCCACUCGGUGCAUAGAGCCCAGAAGUCGCCCUGGCUCCCGCGAUGGACUCUUCUGCCUGCAGCUGUGAUUUAGCUUUGAGUUUCUGCGCGUCCGGUCGAGCCCAGCGUGUGCGUGUGUGCGUGAGAGACAUGGCCCGUCACUGCAGUGCGUUCACCCAUCUGUGCCUUCUCUCUGGAGGAGGGAACCCCCUCCGCUGCGGGGCUCUCCUCCUCUGGGCCCCCGGCCCUGGCCGGGGCGUUGGAGAAACUGAACUGUUACAAGCCCUGCCCGGUGCCUGUCAGACCCCCGCAGAAGUCCAUAACUUCCUGAAUAAAGGCCCCGGAGACCAGCGCCGACUGCAGUGUCCUCUCUCUGACCCUAAGCCUCGGGCCCAGGCUCUCCGGGAGCUGGCGUGCCCUCCACCCUGGGGCUUAGGAUCCCAGCGAUGGGAGGCAGGCUGGCCGAGUGUGCAGUCUGCACAGAAUUUAAAUCUGCCCCCAGGAGGAGCUGUGUCUGCCCUGGCCACCAGGCCUUCCAGUCUCAGCAACGAAGAAGCCCUCCUGGCCUGCCCAGCCGCUGCU